CCGUCCGUUGCACGUGGACAGUGUACUCAAGCUGAGCCGUCAGGGGGAUGCCCUGGCCGAGUGUCAGGGUGAGACCGAGCCCGCUCAGAGGGAUGGCCAGCGGCUGCAUGGCUUGGCCUGCCACGGACGGCUGGCCCGUCCGUGUGAGCAGCAGCGUGCCCCCCUAGUUGUUCGAGGGCUGCGUGACCACGACUGCAACCUGCAGCUGCACCGAAUGCCGAUCGUCGACCACCGUGACGUCGACGCCCGCCGACCCCGAUACCCGACAGAUGAUGCAUACGCCACCUGUGCCGCUGUGCCCUGGAAGGCCGGUACUCCGCUGUGGUCGGGCUGACAGGGGCUGACGGUGCGAGAGCAACCGUUCCGUCGCCCGUGACACGGACCUCCGCCUCCAGCCUGUCGACACCCCCGCCACCCAUGCCGUCGUCGGCAAAUGUGAUGGACGCCUUGCUGCCGAUAGACACAGUCCUGCCUGCCGAGACGAACACCACUGGAUGGGCGGCGGUGAGGGUGGGCGGCUGGUUGACAGCUGUGAGCGUGACGGAGAGGGCUGCUUCGUUGCUGCCGGGUGAGCGGAACAGUACUCGAGCUGUGGACGAUGGCGAGGGCGAGAGUGUGGGUGGUGCUGCGAUUGUGAGGUCACUGAGGCAGUCGCGGAGGGAGAGGGACGCUCCUGCCGUGAUGGUGAGGGCGGUGGGGUGGGAGACUUGGCUGCUCAGCAGAGAGAGGCGCUCUGGAAAAAGGCAAGGAUACACACAGGUGUCUAUGUCCGAUGGGUAUGCCCGUGUGCUCGCGUACCUGAGCCAGUUGCAGUGACGGCAACGGUGCAGAGAGACGGUAGCGGCGUGACAAAGACCAGCCCGCCGUCCAGCCACACAUCCAUCGACGCACUCGAAUGCCCCGGCAGCUCCGCCGCGUUGACCAGCUAAUCUUCAUAGUCCACAGACGUCACGCCGACCACACCCGCCAAAGACGGCUCCCAACCGAUCUUUCUCGACGCUUCUGGCGGGGCCAGCAGGAUGGUCGGCUGCAGCGGGUCCUUUGCCGACGUCACGUGGAUCCACACAGAGUGGUCGAGCGUCACGGGGUCAG